AUGGGUGAAACGAAUCAAACCCCUAUUAGAUUAGACAGAGCUUCAUUGAUAAAAGCACAAAAAGUUGCUUUACACGAUGAGCCAUUAUCGAUUACUGUAUCUGGUUUCUUCGAAUUUCAAAAUUGGUUCAAGGGUUCUAUUGGGGUUCUGGAUACUGAAGACCUAGAUGAUUUGCUUGCUAUGAUGACCAAUAGCAACACUACGAUGAGUCUUCGUAAGGGGUCCAAGGUGUGGUUAGAGGACAAAGGCACAGCUUGGGCCGCCGGAGAAGUCAGCGGUUUCUCCGGCAAACAGGUUCAAGUAAUCACUGAAUCCGGGAAGCAGGUGUUGACUUUUGCGGAGAAGCUGUUACUAAGAGAUGCUGAUGCAGAAUAUGGUGGGGUGGAUGAUAUGACCAAAUUGGCUUACUUGAAUGAACCAGGAGUGCUUGAUAAUCUUAAGAAACGUUAUUCUCUUAACGAGAUAUAUACAUACACAGGAAGCAUCCUAAUUGCUGUCAACCCGUUCACAAAGCUUCCUCAUCUUUAUAAUGUCCACAUGAUGGAGCAAUAUAAAGGAGCUCCAUUUGGUGAGCUAAGCCCCCAUGUAUUUGCUGUAGCAGAUGCAUCUUACAGGGCAAUGAUGGGUGAUGCAAAAAGCCAGUCCAUAUUGGUCAGUGGAGAAAGUGGGGCCGGAAAAACCGAAACCACAAAACUAAUCAUGCAAUAUCUUACAUAUGUUGGUGGUCGAGCUGCCAUUGAUGACAGAACAGUUGAACAACAAGUCCUAGAAUCAAACCCUCUUCUAGAAGCUUUUGGAAAUGCAAGAACAAGUAGAAACGAUAAUUCAAGUCGAUUUGGAAAGUUUGUAGAGAUUCAAUUUGAUUCAAAUGGUAGAAUAUCUGGUGCUGCAAUUAGAACUUACUUACUUGAAAGAUCUCGUGUAGUCCAAAUCACAGAUCCAGAAAGAAACUACCAUUGUUUUUACCAGUUAUGUGCAUCUGGAAGAGAUGCUGACAUGUACAAACUAGGUCCUCCAACCAACUUCCAUUACUUGAACCAAAGUAAAGUUUAUGAGUUGGAAGGUGUAAGCAGUGCAGAUGAAUAUGUAAAAACCAGAAGAGCCAUGGAUAUUGUUGGAAUCAGUAAUGAAGAACAAGAAUCUAUAUUUCGGACAUUGGCUGCAAUUCUUCAUUUAGGGAAUGUGGUAUUUAAACCAGGGAAAGAGCAUGAUUCAUCAGAAGUGAAGGAUGAGAAAUCAAAAUUUCAUUUGGAGACAGCUGCCAUGCUUUUCAAAUGUGAUUUGAAGAAUUUAUUGGAAACUUUAUGCACGCGUUCUAUUCAGACUCGUGAAGGGGUUAUAGUCAAGGCUCUUGAUUGUGAUGCUGCUGUUGCGAGUCGUGAUACUUUAGCAAAGACUGUUUAUGCUCGGCUUUUUGAUUGGCUUGUUGAAAAGAUUAAUAGAUCUGUUGGGCAAGAUCAUAAUUCUCGCAUGCAGAUUGGAGUUUUGGAUAUAUAUGGAUUUGAAUGCUUUAAGCAUAACAGUUUCGAGCAAUUUUGUAUUAAUUUUGCAAAUGAAAAGCUUCAACAACAUUUCAAUGAGCAUGUGUUUAAGAUGGAGCAGGAGGAGUAUCGGAAAGAACAAAUCACAUGGAGUUACAUUGAGUUUAUAGAUAAUCAAGAUGUUUUAGAUCUCAUCGAAAAGAAGCCUAUUGGAGUAAUUGCUCUACUGGAUGAAGCUUGCAUGUUUCCAAAGUCAACACAUGAAACAUUUGCAAACAAGCUUUUCCAGAAUUUGCGGGCCCACCCAAGGUUAGGGAAGGCAAAAUUCUCCGAGACAGAUUUUACCAUUUCUCACUAUGCUGGCAAGGUUAAUUAUCAAACAGAUUCCUUCUUGGAUAAAAACCGUGAUUAUGUGGUUAUUGAUCACUGUAACCUAAUGUCUUCUUCCACGUGUCCUUUUAUCGCUGGUCUUUUCCCAGCAAUGCCAGAAGAAUCUUCUAGAUCAUCAUACAAGUUUUCUUCUGUGGCAUCUAGAUUUAAGCAACAACUACAAGCUCUCAUGGAUACCCUGAGUUCAACAGAGCCUCAUUAUGUCCGCUGUGUGAAGCCAAACUCAGUCAACCGGCCUCAGAAGUUUGAGAAUCAAAGCGUGUUACAUCAGUUACGCUGUGGGGGUGUUUUGGAGGCUGUUCGAAUCAGUCUUGCAGGUUAUCCUACUAGGAAAACCUAUCAUGAAUUUGUAGACCGAUUUGGACUCAUUGCCAUGGAAGUUAUGGAUGGAAGUUACGAUGAACGUGCCAUGACAGAAAAAAUCCUGCAAAAACUAAAACUUGAGAAUUACCAGUUGGGGAAGACCAAAGUUUUCCUGAGGGCUGGUCAAAUUGGUGUAUUGGAUAGUCAACGUGCUGGAGUCUUGGAUUCUGCUGCAAAGCGUAUACAGCUUCGAAUGAGAACAUUUAUUGCACGAAAAGAUUUUACAUUAAAGCGAAAAGCUGCAAUUUCUUUCCAAGCAUACUGUAGAGGUCAUCUUACUAGAGUUAUAUAUGCUAGAAAACGUGAAGCUGCAGCUGCUAUUUUGAUACAGAAGUACAUUCGUGGAUGGUUGCUGAAGAAUGCUUAUACACAACAAUAUGUUUCUGCUCUACUUUUGCAAGCAAGCAUCCGUGGUUUCAUUACUAGACAAAGAUACCUACACAUAAGGGAACACAGAGCUGCAACUGUAAUUCAGGCUCGAUGGAGGUCGCAUAAAAUUCGUUCCACUUUUCGUCAUCGUGUGCUUGAUAUUACUAAAAUACAAUGUCUUUGGAGAAGAAAAUUGGCAAAGAGAGAGUUCAGGAGGCUUAAGCAGGAGGCUAAUGAAACUGGUGCCUUGCGCCUAGCGAAAACUAAGCUAGAAAAACAGCUGGAGGAUCUGACGUGGCGCUUGCAACUAGAGAAAAAAUUAAGGGGGUCAACUGAUGAGUCAAAAACUGUGGAAAUUGCAAAACUUAAAAAAACAGUGCAAUCUUUGGUUCUUGAGUUGGAUGCAGCAAAGUUGGCUACUGUGAAUGAAUGCAACAAAAAUGAAGUGUUGCAAAACCAACUGGAAAUGUCAGUGAAAGAAAAAUCUUCUUUGGAAAGAGAACUAGUUGGAAUGGCUGACUUGAGAAACGAAAAUUCAUAUUUGAAGAGCUCACUGAGUACAUUGGAAGAGAAGAACUCAACACUGCAAAACCAACUUACUGAGGCUAAAGAAGAUGCAUCCAGUAACCUUAAAAAAUUGAGGGAGGUUGAGAAGACAUGUGCAAUACUCCAACAGAAGUUAAAAAGCUUUGAGGAAAAGCUAACAAGUUUGGAGAAAGAGAACCAUGUUUUAAGACAGAAGACAUUAAGUGCCACUUCAAGAGGGAACUGGCAAAGUAACACCAAGCCGUUUCUUGAGAAGUUCUCUGGUGCACUUGCUCUUCCCUUCACAGAGCGAAAAUCUAUAUAUGAAACCCCUACUCCUAUCAAAAGCGCCAAUCCAAAUUCCCAAGGUUUGACCGAUUCACGUCGGUCAAAGAUGACUUCUGAAAAACAGCAGGAGAACUCUGAAAUCCUGUCACGGUGUAUUAAAGAAAACCUGGGAUUCAAAGAUGGAAAACCUGUGGCUGCUACUGUUAUAUAUAAGUGCCUUCUUCAUUGGCAUGCCUUUGAAUCCGAAAGAACCACAAUUUUCGACUUCAUUAUUGAGAACAUCAACAGUGCUCUUAAGAUGGGUGACGAGGGACUUACCUUACCAUACUGGUUGUCCAAUGCUUCAGCUCUUUUAUGCCUCCUGCAAAGAAACUUCAGGUCCAAUGGUUUCUUGACACCUCAGCGUUCUGGUGUGUCAUCUUUUUCGAAUGGGAGGGUUGCACAAGGGUACACUCCGCAUAAAUAUGUUGUUGAUGAUGGGAUUUCACCCAUGGAAGCUAGGUAUCCAGCUAUAUUAUUUAAACAACAGUUAACAGCUUGUGUGGAGAAGAUAUUUGGGCUGAUAAGAGACAACUUAAAAAAGGAAAUAUCACCGCUCUUGAAUUCAUGCAUCCAGGCACCCAAGAACCAACGAGUACAUGGUGGUAAACCUUCAAGGUCACCUAGUGGCAUCCCUCAGCAGGCUGCUGGUAGUCAGUGGGAGAAGAUCAUAGAGUUUUUGGAUUCCCUCAUGGAUCGCUUACGUGGAAAUCAUGUGCCUUCGUUUUUCAUUCGCAAGCUUACAACACAGGUGUUUUCAUUCCUCAACAUAUCACUUUUCAACAGCCUUUUAUUGCGGCGAGAAUGCUGCACAUUCUCAAACGGGGAAUACGUGAAAUCUGGUCUAGCAGAACUUGAGAAAUGGAUAGCCAAUGCAAAGGAAGAGUUUGCAGGAACUUCUUGGCAUGAAUUAAAUUAUAUCAGACAAGCUGUUGGGUUUCUGGUGAUACACCAGAAAAGAAAAAAGUCUCUGGAAGAGAUCAGACAGGAUCUAUGUCCGGCGUUGACUGUUAGACAAAUAUAUCGCAUAAGUACAAUGUACUGGGAUGACAAAUAUGGGACCCAAAGCGUCUCAAAUGAGGUUGUUACUGAGAUGAGGGAAAUGUUGAACAAGGACUCUCAGAAUCUUACUUCCAAUUCAUUCUUAUUGGACGAUGAUCUCAGCAUUCCGUUCUCUACAGAAGAUAUCUACAUGGCAAUUCCAGGCAUUGAUCCUACAGAUAUCGAGCCCCCUGCGUUCUUAGCUGAAUAUCCUUCAGCACAGUUUCUACUUCCAAAUCCCAAGUGAAUUUGUCGAUAAAAGACAGGAAUGUACCAUUUGCAUGCUUAGGGUAGGGGAAAUAUAUCGUUUCUGUAGGGAUAUUUAAUUAGGAGUGCAAGCAAGGCAAAGUUCCAUGUAAAGUAAAAUACUACUAGUUAAUAGUUAAUUUCUUUUCUUUUUUAUUCUUUUGUAAAGCUUGUUUGUUGUGCACAUUGUAAUCGAUUCCAGUGGACCCUCGUUCUCGUAGCCAAAGCAAAAUCCAAUUAUUUAUUUUUAAAUGGUAAAAUAUAGAGGCCCAGAGUGAGGAUGAUACAUGGUAAGUUAUAGGGUCUAUUUCGUAUGGUUGAUGGAAACACUUCAAAGUUAGAGAUGUUCAUAGUAAGCAAUUUACAACAUGAAAGUUAAAAAGUUUGGGCUAACAGUUUUCAAUCUUUGUGGGAUUGCAUUGAUGCAAGUUGACCAUUGAGAAUGAUCUCAGCGACAAUUGUGGUCUGUUGACUUGAGAUUGCUGAAAUGUUGUCAUUGUUGUGGUUUUCGGUUUCUUGGAUAUCCUUCCAGUGUUUAUGUUUGAUAGUUUGAAAGCUCCCAGAUUUUUUCGUUUUCUUGUGUAAGCAUUUUCUGGUUUUGCAAUGUCUUGUAUGGAAUUGGAACUGGAACUGGAAGAUGAUGUUGAUGGCCACACAUCCGCUAAGCUCGUGAAAGAUUUCGAUUUCCCAUUGUAGAGUGAAGAAAGUAAACCUGAUUGGCAACGCUUGUUCCAGGGCUUGAAUUGCAUCAUCGAAGGAUCCAUUGUUGUUAUGAUGAUCAUAUGCGUAACGACUCUCGACAUCUCCUUCCCGAUCGUCGUCACUGUCGUCUCCGAUCGAAGAACUACUCGAUGAAUUACAUUCCUCUUCCUCUUCUCGUACGAUCAUCAUCGACUUCGUUGAUCCUUCAAACAUGCUUCCAUUUUCUCCUCCUUCGCCAACAUGUGUCUCCGGCAGCAACGCCGACGUCCGGCAACCACCACCAAAUUCAUCGCCAUCUUCUUUUUCCCAGAUCGUCUUCAUCUGAUGGUCACCAAUGUAACAAGAGAUGGAAUUUCACAGAUUCAAUAAAUCGAUAACCACC